AUGCAGGAACCUCCAUUUACUAUCGAAAAUUCAAAUAGUCCUACGCCUAAUAGUCGCUAUGAUGGCUACAUUAUCGAUUUAAUAGAUCGUAUAAGUGAAAAUUUGAAUUUUACGUAUGACAUUCGAUUGGUUGCGGAUGGUCAAUAUGGGGUACAAAAUCGAAAUGAAUAUGGUGCUAUCGUUUGGACGGGUAUGGUGAGAGAAGUUGUUAUCGGAGAAGCUGAUAUUGCUGCAGCAGCUUUGUCGAUAACACCAGAACGACAGCAGGUCUUAGACUUUACCAUACCGUACAUUAACCAAGGACUAACUGUCUUAACAUUACGAGAAAGUAAUCCACCAGUUUCGGUUUUUCAAGCUUUCUUACCGCUUAGGAUUGAAGUCUGGAUUGGCAUCGUGAUUACAUUAAUUAUUAUAGCAGCAGUUACUACAUGCAUCAAUCGGUUAAGCCCAUACGAUUAUUACGAUAGAAAGUUUUGGAAGACUGAAAAGGAAAACGAAUUAGAGGCAUUUUCAUUUAGCAAUAAUCUGUGGUAUACUUUGGAAUCUUUUUUAUCUCAAGGGGCUGAAAGAACUUCAAGAUCGAUAUCUGCACGCCUAAUUACAGCUAUGUGGUGGCUAGCUUCGGUCAUCAUGAUAGCUACUUAUACGGCUAAUUUAACUGCAUUCUUAACAGUGAAUAGUUUGCAUGCAACCAUUGAGUCGUUACAAGAUUUGGCUAGGACUUCAGGCAUUAGUUAUGGUGUUAUGGCAAACACAAGUACAGAAACAUUCUUUUUACAUACCAGUAUCUCGCCCUAUAAAGAUAUGAAGUAUCAUUUGAAAAAUGUAGCCAAUACUGCGGAAGGAAUAGAACGUGUUUUAGCUGGCACAACUGAACCUUAUGCAUUUAUAAGUGAUACGGCAACGUUAGAUUAUGCAAAAAGUAAAAAUUGCAAUUUAACUACAAUUGGCAGUUUUAAAGAAGAUAGCCUCGCUUUAGCUGUUCAAAAGGAGUCCCUUUAUUGGAAAGAAAUUAGCAUACAAGUACUUAAAUUGCGUGAAGAAGGCUAUUUAGAUAUUCUUCGAGCUAAAUGGUAA